CGGCCCCGGGAGUAGGAAGGAGCCGGGGCUGCAGCCGGAGUGGAGCGGCUGCCAGCCGAGGAGCAGGCGCGGCCGCGGCGCCAUAUUGCGGCCCCAAGCGGCCGCGACCGAGUCAUGGCCGAGACCUACGACUUCCUCUUCAAAUUCCUGGUGAUUGGCAGCGCAGGAACUGGAAAAUCAUGUCUCCUUCAUCAGUUCAUUGAGAAUAAGUUCAAACAGGACUCCAACCACACAAUUGGCGUGGAGUUUGGAUCUCGCGUGGUCAACGUGGGUGGAAAGACUGUGAAGCUACAGAUUUGGGACACAGCCGGCCAGGAGCGGUUUCGGUCGGUGACACGGAGUUAUUACCGAGGCGCGGCUGGAGCUCUGCUGGUGUAUGACAUCACCAGCCGGGAGACCUACAACUCACUGGCUGCCUGGCUGACGGAUGCCCGCACGCUGGCCAGCCCCAACAUCGUGGUCAUCCUCUGUGGCAACAAAAAGGACCUGGACCCGGAGCGUGAGGUCACUUUCCUGGAGGCCUCCCGCUUUGCCCAGGAGAACGAGCUAAUGUUCCUGGAGACUAGUGCCCUCACGGGUGAGAACGUGGAGGAGGCUUUCCUGAAGUGUGCCCGCACCAUCCUGAACAAGAUCGACUCAGGUGAGCUCGACCCCGAGAGGAUGGGCUCAGGCAUUCAGUAUGGGGACGCAUCCCUCCGCCAGCUGCGGCAGCCUCGGAGUGCCCAGGCCGUGGCCCCUCAGCCCUGUGGCUGCUGAGACGUCCGGAGCCAGCUCACCUGUUCUCCAGGACCAGCCCUGCCCUCUGGCUGGGGCCUAGCCCCAGGCCCUGGGAGGCAGAGCCCCUCACCUGUCCUGGCCCCAGAGAAGCUGCCCCGCCAUCUAUCCCCCUUCCCUGGCCUGGUGGGGCCUGGCUGAGGGGCAAGACUGAGCCACGGGGGAAGGGGGAAUCCGUACCUGCUGCUGCUUCCUCUGUCUUGGCUAACCCCUGUCCCCCCUGAAACCCUAACCAUACUCUAAGAGUUCCCAAAGCCUGAGACCAGGGCAAUUGGCCCCAGCUCCCCGCCUGGCCCUGCCAUUGCGAGUAUGUGUUAUUUAUUGCCUGGAGGCCUGUUCAGUCCCUACUCCACCUCCAUAAAGCAUUGUUUACACCUGC